GCUGCGCCGAGUCGCCGGCGAGCGGGCGUCGCCCCUCCCGCGGGCCCGCGCCCUCACCCCGGCCCUCGUUUACUGAAUCUCUCGUGACUCGUCGACGCCGGCAAACUCGACCGACCUCUUUUCGCAAGCUAACGUCGCAGCCGCGUCCGUUUCCCGCCGCGAACUGCGUUCGAUCUUCGCGUGACUCCAUCCCGCCUGAACUUACUUCGGUUACAUUGUUUUACAAAUUUAACAGAGUUUUAACGCGAUGUAGACAUUGGGUAUUCCAAUGCGUUCGAAGCUAGUCAAGUAGUAGGUGAGUCGAAGUUCGCGCGCGAGUGCGAUGCGUGUGAGUGCGCGCGGUUGCGGGCGAGCAUGGCCGGGCGCGCUUCCGGCUGCGUAGGCGCGGACUGCGAUGGAUUGCUGCAACUACGGCGAGUACCGCGGGCCGGCGUACGGCGCGGGCGCGGGCGCGGGUACCGGCUGGGACGGCUACGGCUACGCGCCGCUGCCCUACGCGCCCUACGCGCACGCCUACUACUCGCCGCACGCGCACGACCCCUACAUGCGCUACUACCGCUACGAUUACCCCGCCCACCACGUGCACCAUAAUGAUCAUGCAAUGCCCAUGGACUAUGGCGCGUACGCACUGAAAGAAGCGCGGACGCGACGAGCUUCCGCACGCAGGGAGUUACGCACGCAGCCUCCCGCACAUCUGCCCCUACCGCACACGCCACCAUUAGAAUGUGGAGUAAAUGGACGUGGAUCAGGAUACUGCGAACCGCAGAUGUGGCCAUCCUAUCAGAUGGGAAUGGUAGGAAAUGGUGGCUGGGGCGGAGCAAGUGCUAUGAGUGGCUCAUGGGCUUCUCGAAGUAUGUGUUCCCGGGAGCCAAUGCGAUACGCUAAUGAUUGCCGUCUAGUGAAAAGUUCCAAUUAUCAUCCCGCGAAUUUCGUAUGUGCUCAGGGUGGAAGAUCUACACCUUAUCCGCCAUACGAAGAUUCUCAGUACAACGGGGACAACGGAGCAAAACAAAAUAACAUGCAAGAGUUUUCUGGACGAACCAUUACUCCGUCGGAAGCAGCUCGCCCCGUGCGCGAACAUAUAAUCAAAGAACAGCGGCGCGCUCCUCCCGAAGAGAAGCGGCCUCCGGUCGUACCUCUCCCAGCCUUCCAGCAAGCCUUCGGUUCUACCGAAAUCGGUAAAUUUGCUGAGGCAUUCAGCCGCGCUGAGGUCGCGCACGAAACUGAGGAGUCCUCUGAUAACUUCAUGUUCGAAUCGUUCCACGACUGGGAUGGGCCGCCUGAACUGCAAUGGACCUCACAGCCCGCAUCCCGGGAAAUAAAAUGUGAAGACAACUUUUGAGGAUGGCUUCACUUUAGUGCUAAUUCCAGGCAGUUACGCCUUAUAGGUAAUUAGAUAAUUUUUAGUUCCACCACCACGUUGCCAAAAUGAAGUAGCCCGGUGUCGGAGUUACCCCGACAUCAUAGAACUAGGAUGUGAUACAAAAUUUUUUAAUGUGUACGAUGUCAAAGAAAUAGUGGGGUGACUUUUAAUUCAUAUACAUAAUAUUAUGAUAUAAUAUUAUAUUAUAUAGAACAAAAUAGUUAUUCCCUUUUAACUAGUUUUAGAGAGAACUUAAGAGAUAAGAGGAUUAACCGUUAGUGUGGGAUGAGGGAAUGUAGGCAGGUUUGGCGAUUAGAUAAAAAAUGAAUCAAGAUUCAAUGUGCCUUUAAUGGAAGAGCCCGGCCCCGCAUCGCGCGGCGUCCUCCCCCCGACCCAAAUCGCUACGGAUGUCGAUAUCAUAAUUACAAUAGCAAUUUUAGGGACCAACGUUUAGACAAAUAUACACGACCCUGUCGCGUACACGACCUAUGCGCAAUAAGCUCAACGAAACGAAAGGUUCAGUCAGGGAGUUUAACGAAAUUUAUAGGAACCCUAGUUGAAAAAUUAUGAAUACUGAAUGCAGAUAAAGGAUCUGUCGUAAAUAUUAAUCGCAAAUAUUAUUAUUAAUUUUUAAUAGCUAAAACUAAACCGCGAAUUUAUUGCGGUUUAUGGUUAUAUAAAAGGUAAAAUUUACCAAUACCUGAUUAUAAUAAAAUAAGUAAUAUUCGCUAUAAUAAUAUAGACUAGGUGAAGAGUUAUAUACCUAAUGCAUUGUUUAUCCAACAGAGAGUUAGAUUUAAUUAAAAUAAUCUAUGGUAAAGCCUUCCUUUACACCAUGCAGAGUCAAGCUAGAGUGCCUACUGCAUAAUUAUAAUGUGUGGUACAAUAAUUAAUUAAAAAUAAUCCUACGGCUGAAUUCGUGUACUAUUUUUUCGGUAUAAACUUGACUAGUUUUAACCACGACUCAUAAGCUAGUUUUUAUGAUGUUCUCGAAAAGGAACU